ACAAAAAUGUGUUAAAAAACAGCAAAUAAAUUUAAAAAAAAAAUAGUGUAAAGUGUAUUUAAAUCUUUGACUAGUGCAAUCGAUAGAGUGACAUCUAAAAAUCAUAACCCGAAAACCUACCAACAGUGCAAGAGUGUGCAAAACGCGUGCCAAAAUGGCGGUGCGUUGCUUACCCGAGCUAAAACAGCGGCGGGGGCACUCGCACACUUGUAAUAAAACGUACGAUUCCGUUAAUAAUCCCGUCCCCCCAAUGAGUUCGCGUUCUACGUCAAAUCGCCCGUUUAGCGUCGCGUCACAUUUCUUCCUUACGUCGCGUUCGUUGGCGCGCAUGUUCGUCGCCGCUACAUGUGUGCUGCUUGUGCUUAUACGCGAUACUCAAGCGCAGAUGUCAUCAACAACGACAACAACAAUAGUCAAUGACGAAGUAGGGCCACACAUGAUUGGAAUCUCGGCAGCAAAUGCUGCCCGCAUGUUAGCCGGCAGUGGUGGCAUGGCCGGUAGUGAGUAUUCGCUGGUGUUGCCACAUGAUACCUAUCCGGGUUUUAGCAUUAAGAAAUUUAAGACCCUCCCAGUAAAUGAGUCGACCUCCUUCAAUGCAAAAACUUCCUCGUCGGCAGCUACACCGGUGGGCGCCUACCAUAUGCUCGCCGGUGAUUACUCCAAGUAUUUCACUGUACUCGAUGAUGGCGUUGUGAUGACUACUUCCGAUAUCUCGCCACUAGUGAAUCGUCCAGUUAAUCUCGUUGUCGUCGAAGAGACGCCCAACUACACCAAUACACACAAUUUACAGUUAUUUGUUAUGCAUCGCAGCGAUAUGUUGCGCUUUCCGGGCUCAAUGCUGGACGCAAGCGGUGAGGUGCGUGAGAAUCGGCCCGCAGGUACACGUGUGCGUGGCAUACCGCUAAUGCAGGCACUCAGUGGUGAUGCCGCACUUGAAGCUGGUAGCAGCAGUGUAAAGAAAGUGCGUUACACCAUCAUUGAUGGUAAUGAUGAUCAAGCAUUUGCAUUACAAACACGAAAAACCGAGAAGAAUGGUGAUCUAAAUGUCGAAUCCAUAAUGGUGGAUAGUGAAGGCGAAAAUGGCGUGUGGUUGGUCACAAAUCGUCCAUUGGAUCGUGAAACGAAGUCGCAUUAUGAUCUCUCUGUGCAGGCAUCAGAUGUGGAUGAGCUCGAUAAGACUGUUUCAAAAAUACAAGUGACUGUGCUGGAUGAAAAUGAUAACCGUCCAAUAUUCAAAACGAAUGAAUACAAAUUUGCCAUCGCCGGUCAGAAGAGCAACGAUCUGGAAGGCAACUCAACCACAACAUGGAAACGCUUCAGCAUACUCGGCAAGGUGGAGGCUACCGAUGCGGAUGGUGACAAAAUCGCCUAUCGUCUAACCACACCCAGCAAUGUGGUCAUCAUUGUGCCACAAACGGGUGAGAUUAUGUUAGCCGAUCAACCACGCACACCCGAGUUGUUAAUCGAAGUGGAAGCGCAUGAUUUACGCUAUCCUAGUUUGGUGAGCAAGCAGCCGGCUAAAGUACUACUUGAGUUCCUAGCACCCGAACCGGUCUCAUUCAUUAUGCAACACUUAGAGCAUGAUGCCAUCAACGAACAUUCACAUCAUCGCGAAAAACGUCGGGUUACGCGCGCGGUACGCCCAACGAAACGAAUCGAGUUCACCGAAGCGGAUGGUGAUACCGAGGGUAAGUCAGUCUUUCAAUUGGAAAAGGAGACCGAUAAAGAAACAUUUAAAAUACGUGACGACAAUCCCUGGGUGACGGUCGAAACAAAUGGCGCGGUUCGUGUGAAAAAGAAGUGGGACUAUGAAGAAUUGGGACCGGAGAAAACCAUUGACUUUUGGGUGAUCAUCACAAACACCGGACAACAUGGUGAGUAAUAGAGAUUAUUGAAGGUUUUAUGAUCAAAAGUAUAAUGAUGGAAUCUAAUGAAGUAGUUAUUUGCCUAUAUGUAUGUUAUAUGUAAGGGGAUUUUUUGG